AUGUCGGAAGAAUUCAUCCAUGUCUCCACCCUGGGACCUGGACACCCAUGGACACAUUUGAGCAGCUUUGGCUGCUAUGUUGACGACCUCUGCGGAAAACCCCUUACAGAAUCCAAAGCCUCAGGAGAGCACAUUUCGGCCCGACAUGAAGAGAUUCAGGGCGGCCCGAGCGGUUUGUCUCCCAUCUUUCCUUCUAGCGAAGACCUAUGUGACUCAUGCCGCCAGCGCAAGACAAGAUGUGACGCUCGGGAUCCCUGCGGGCCCUGUACAAGUAUGAAUCAAACAUGCCUGUACGGGACAGAUGCCAUCUCAAGAGGGAAAAGUGAACUGAUCUUGGAUACGGUUUUGCGGAUGGAAGCUUCCAUUGCAGAGCUCAGGAGCAUGGUCGCUAUGGGAUCUGGUUCCAAUGUUAAAGAUAGCAUCCAGGCAAAUACAACGUCCCCAGUUUCGACGAUCACCCCGAGGUCUCAAGAUGCGCGCCAUCAUGCAAGCGGGUGCACAAUCAGGGACCCAACCGAAAGUGCCGUUCUGUCGUCAGGGCAUCUUUCCUCCGCAGAGUCUCUUCUCAAGUGGUCAGUUUUCCUUGAUCACCCUUUGAUACUGAGAGAGACAGAAACUUCGUUCUUGUCACUCGAAUAUGGACGAGAAUCCUUUCAAAGCAAGGUCUAUGGGAUAUUUCCGACGCUGGGUUUGUCUCAGAUCAAAAAGACUGUCGGUAUCUUCCAACAAACGUAUAAUUUCUGGUUUCCGACGAUGAGCUUCAACGAUUUGAAGUCUUUGAAAAUGAGGAUAUAUCAAGAGAACCUAGAGCCCAACUGCCAUUCAUGUCUGGCUCUAUUGGUCAUGGCUUUAGGAAUAUUCUGGUCGUGCUUUGUACUGGAAAGCAACUACAUCUCCGAGUUACCGACCCUUCCACAGAACUGCAACGCCGAAAUCGAAUCAAUCAUAUCCCUCCCAGGGAAAUUUCACUCUCAUGAAACAAUCGAAGAUGAGGAAAAGUCCACUUUCUACUUCCUUGCAUCCAUAGCACUACGUCGUCUCCUCAAUAGAGCCCACUACAUGCUUUAUGACCGCGAUAUUGGCCUCCAAAUCGAUUCCAACACGUUCUCUUCUGUGAAUCAAGAGCUGGCACGACAACUUCAAGACUGGUAUCAAACUUUACCUUCCAGUCUGCAGUUUCCCGACGAUGGAAAGCCUGCCAUUGACCCCCACAGCGAGUACCUACGACAGUGGUAUCUCAGCUGUCGGAGUGUCAUAUAUAGACCCUUCCUGGAAUGGGCGCUUGCCAAUCCAUCAUGGAACCUCCAUCGCAACCCACGUGUGUUGGAUGGCUGUCGGGUUGCGCUCGAUACAUGUCUUUUCAAAUUGAGAGACUUAAAGCAAGUGCCUUAUACUGUUAUGGUUGAUACAUGGCCCUGUUCCCUUUCACUUGCCACGGCGAUGUUGACUCUUAUGGGUGGAUUUUGUCACCCACAGUUGACAAUGCAGCUUCGGCAUAUCACCUUGUUGGAGCUGGGGCCUCAUCUAGAGCAGCUUCUACAACGAUGGAUGAAUAUACACGGGUCCAGCGUAUCUCCUGGUAUCGAGAAGGCGCUGCGAUUGACAAUGAAAGCCCACGAGUUCUUUCAAAGCAAAGGUGCAGACUUUUGUCCUUCUCCGGAACGAGAAGAAUGUCCCUCUCCGUAUGCCUUGAGAAUGUCUCAUGGAUAG